AUGGGUCGAGCUGGCUUUAAGGCGGCUUCCUUAUUCAUUCCAAGUGUGUGCGGUCAAGCUGGAUCCAUGCACGAAGUUCUUCCUUGCUCCUCACGUCCCAGUUGCUCCAAAGUGCUCCAAAAAGACCUGUUUAAGGAUCAAACAUCUCAUUUUCAAAACGUGUGUAAAGCUAAGCAUCAUCUGUUUGAGAAAUCUCUCAACACUCUGAAUGCUAAGCUGUAUGAAGAGAAUAACACCAACAAAGAUCUCAUAUGUCAUCUAUCCAGGACAGAGGAAGAGGAAGAAGAACAUCAAGCCAAUGUGGCCUACACAUCCAUGUACUCUGAAGGCCUUCACGCGUGGUACUUUGAUAGUGGAUGCUCAAGGCAUCUGACUGGGAGUCAAGAUGGCUUGACAUAG